AUGCCAUCACCACAUAUUCCCUCGACGCCCGUGAGGAGGACUUCAGGUCGAGUCGAUCAUUACGACGGCUUUGCGGAGGACGAUGAGAACAACGGAUUCAGCGACGAGAUUGAAGACGAUCUGCAGAGCAGUCCGGAGAUGCAACGAUUCAUUCAGUCCAUGAGCAGGGCGGUAGAAACCUCCUGCAUCGGUCUCAGCUUCGACUACCAGAAGCUCUCGUACGCAACAAUGGCCGGCAAGAAGAUCCUGUCAGACGUCACCGGUAAUAUGCCGCGAGGCAGCUGCUGGGGGGUCAUGGGCGGCAGCGGUGCUGGCAAAACGACUUUCAUGAACGUCCUCAUGGGCAAGAUCCAAGCCAAAGAAGGCUUCAUCAAGAUCAACGGCCAUCGAAAGGACAUGACCAAGUACAAAAAACUCAUCGGCUAUGUACCUCAAGACGACAUCAUUUUUCCUGAGUUGACCGUUCGCGAGAACAUCCUACACUCAGCUCGAAUUCGCCUUCCUGCCAAAUGGACCGACAAAGAAAUACAAGCGCACGUCGACGCUCUUUUGGCCUGUCUCCAACUUACCCACGUCCAGCACUCCCGCGUUGGCGAUGCCACUCGUCCAGUCAUUUCCGGAGGUCAGCGCAAACGAGUCAAUAUUGGAAUGGAGCUCGCAUCGGCACCCAUGGCGAUCUUCUUGGAUGAACCGACAUCCGGACUCGAUGCCACCAGCGCUGCGAGCAUCAUGCGACUUUUGAGGGCCAUUAGCAGGUUGGGCGUGACGACAAUCGCAAUCAUUCACCAGCCAAGGGAACAGAUCUUCUAUGGAUUUGACCAGCUGUUGCUGUUAGCACAAGGACAUGCCGUCUACUCUGGUGCCUCUCAUGACUGUCAGACAUACUUUGAGAAGUUGGGGUUCUCAUUCCCCGAGCGCGGAAACCCGGCUGAUGUCCUCAUCGAUAUCGCCACAGGCGAUGGAAGUCGAUAUUUGACCUGCGAGAAGCGAAACCAGUCGAUGGUACCGGCCUUGAUCGAACGGUGGAAAGAUCAAGCCCAGUCGACGAACGUCAACGUUCCACUUACCUUGGACGGCUCAAGUGCCCCGACCAAACGCAGCCGCCGGCUCAGCACUCCGUCCGUUGCCUCCACCGAAGAGCAAGAAGAAAACCUCCGUCUGACCAUGGCGUCUCGAGGCGCAACCUGGCCGGCUCAAGUCUACUACUGCCUGCAGCGCGCCUUGACCCAGCAGGUUCGCAACGCCACCUCCUUCUUCUACGAAAUCGGAGUUGGCGCUCUCGCAGGUGGCAUCAUCGGUCUUUCCGCGUUCGGCGCCGGUGGACAUCUCUUCCAGGGCAUAUACCACCCUCCCUUCACAAUCCUUAGCAGCGCAGUCGAUUAUCAGAGCACACCCCAGCUUGGACUACUCGGCGGCAUGGCAAUCGGACUUGCCGCUUCUGCUCCUGGUUUCUGGGUCUUUGGUGAGGAAAAGAUGAUGUUCUGGCGGGAGACCGCCGCAGGACACUCGCGAUCAGCCUACUACCUUGGUAAAAUGCUCUCCACGCUGCCUCGGAUCGCGCUUAGCAGCCUACACUUCACCGUGUUCAUGGGUAUUCUCGCAACGCCAUUGAUCAGUUUCACGGACAUGUGGAUGGCGAACCUGAUGUACUUUUGGUGUAUCUAUGGCUUGGCGGCAAUUGUGAGUAUGCUUGUCAAGAGAGAAGAUGGUCCGUUGGUGGCGGUUUUGGCAUCCCUCGUGGUGGGCAUGUUGAGCGGCGUUGCGCCGGCAUUGAAGCAGGUGAAGCUAUGGGGCAUGGAGUGA